GUGUUACGCGGGCGGCGCACGGGGCGGCGCCGUUCCGUUGUUCGCCAUACUUACACAGGAGCGCCGAGCGACGAACGCACUUACUGCAAAGGCACCUGAAAUCACCACUACAUUUAAUAUAAAGACAUGGCUGAGGAUGAGGUGACUCCGGAGCAGCUAGCAGCCAUCGCCGCUGAAAAUGAGGAGCCAGAGUCUGUGAACUACAAGCCACCAGCCCAGAAGUCACUUAAAGAGAUCCAAGACCUGGAUAAGGAUGAUGAGAGUCUACGCAAAUACAAGGAAGCCCUGCUUGGCUCUGGGGUCUCUGAGGCUGAUCCCAAUGUUCCCAAUGUCCAAGUGAUCCGGAUGUCUCUGAUCUGUGAAACCGCCCCAAACCCCCUGGUCCUGGACCUGCAAGGAGACCUGGAAGCCUUUAAGAAGCAGGCCUUUGUUCUGAAGGAGGGAGUUGAAUACAAAAUAAAGAUCAGCUUUAAGGUGAACAGGGAGAUUGUUUCGGGUCUGAAGUAUGUGCAGCAGACAUACAGGAAAGGAAUGAAGAUUGAUAAAUCAGACUACAUGGUGGGCAGCUACGGGCCUCGUCCUGCUGAAUAUGACUUCCUGACUACGAUGGAGGAGGCGCCGAAAGGCGUGCUGGCCCGUGGCAACUACGUCAUCAAAUCUAAGUUUACUGACGAUGACAAGCACGACCACCUGUCCUGGGAGUGGAACCUCAACAUCAAGAAAGACUGGAAAGACUAAAAGAGGCCUUUUUCUUUGUGGGCGAGGGACUACAGUUCCCCCAGCCCCGUGUGUUCCUCAGCCACCCCCCAUCCCCAACAUGUGUCCACCAUUUCUGCCUUCUUUGUUUAUACUUUGUUGUGUAUUUCAUGCUCUCAUGCCUUAGUUCUCUUUAACACCUUGGCAUCCUCCUCACCUCUCUGUCAGCAGCAGUAGCAGAAGCAGUAGCCCCCCCUCCUCCCGUCCGCCCGUCCGUCCGUCCGUCCGUCCGUCCGUCCAUCCAUCUAUCUAUCACCUCCCUUACCUGCUCAACAUUUCAUUGGUUGCACACAAGCCAUCCUCACUCACCCCCCACUGAGCUGUGCCAUGUAGCACCUUACUCCCUCACACCCAGCCCUCUAUCUUUCUUUUGUUCCGGGUUUUUGCUGCUUGAAGAGAUUAACCCCGCCCUCCACCUCUCCAGAAUGGUGUCUUCCUCUCGCAGUAUGAAGUACAUGUGGAAAAGCAACUGUACAAUCAACUUUUGUUUGCCUUUUUUUUUUAUAUAAUUGUAUCGAUGGUUGUGUAAUGUGAUUGUAUUCACAUCACUGUUAGUCAGCUGUUGUGUUCAUAGAAGGCCCCACCACAUCCAUGUGCCCCCCCCCUUUCUUGCUUGCUGUCUUUUGAUAUAAUUACCAAUACCUGCCUUGGAAAAACAAUUCAUUCACAUCUGCUCUUCGCCGCCUCCUUCCCUUCCCUAAAUGUAUUCACCCACUCCCCUUCAAAUGGGACUGGGGCCAAAGUGAACAUGGGAGUAAAAAGUAUAAGGGUAAAAAGCUGCCUUAUGUAUCAACUAAUGUCUAAACCUGUUCAUGUCUACUUAGCAUGCCUUGUGUGUAGGAGAAGUGCUUGCUAUCAGGUAGUCUGUAUAACAAGGGCUUACACUCGCUACCAACUAAUAACCAUCUGUAGCCCUGUUGUAGUAGAGAUUGUUUAUACAGGUUCCUCAGAUACAGCUCUGCACACGCCCACUACCCCCAAAAUAAACUUACCAUGUAGUUGGAGGGGGCUGAAUGUUAAGAAUUGGAGGAAGCAUAUCAAACCCAGUGAAAAUCAGUAUUGAUGAAACUCGGCGCACUCGUUUCUUUUAGCCACGAGGCCUUAGCACUAACUAUGAUCAUGUGGAGAAAAACAAACAUUUCUAAUAUAGCCUUUUUUUUUUUUAACAUUUAUUGAAAUUUUUUGUUGUUCCCCUUUUGCCUUAAUGUACAUCAUUCCCCCCUACAAAGCCACCCCUCGCUCGUUCAGAUUGCUUCUAAACUCUAAGCCUGCAGUCAGGAGAUCCCACGUGUGGAGGAGUAGUACCAGAGAAAGCACAGGAGGAGGCUGAGCCGGGCGCCGUCUGCUGCUGCCGGAGUCCUCGGCGGUGUCUGGUCUCACUUACAGAGAGACGCUGGUAGUGCUGAGAGAAAACUGACCAGGCCUUCAGCCUUUUUACCCAGAGGGGUCGGGUGACACUACUACGGAAACACAUGCUCAGUAUUUAAUGAGGGUUUUAAAACACAACUGACCAGUAACAUUAAAUUGAAGUCGACUCGUACUGUACCAGAACAUAUGGAUGUAAACUUUCUUUGUUGUUUUGUCUGAUAAUUAUGUAUUCCUGCUCCAUACAUUCCUUCACAUUGUACAGUUUCUAUGAAAACGCUGGCAUGCUGGUGGGGUUGUAUAUUCUAUCAUCAUUUGUGAUUGCUCUUCUCAGUCAAUAAAGGUUUUGCUCAACUUGG